UCUUUCCAGGGAUAAGUUUAAGACAAAAACCUUAGGAAUUAACAAACAAUGAUGCCUGUUGGAUCAGUCGAAGAUCAGAUGAAAGCUGUACUAGACUGUCUGGUCACUGAGGAUAAAAUACCCACAGAUGUCAGCACUACUUUGAAGCUCUUCAUAAACAAACUUGAUGAGUGCUCAAGGAGCAGCAUAAAGCGAUGCAAAUAGCGCAGUCUGGAGGAGGCAGGCCAGCUGCUGAGGAAGAUCCCAGAGAAGCAGCCCCAGUGUUUGGAGGAGAAGCACCUCCUGCUACUGAUCAGGCUCCUCGUCGCCAUGCAGAUGUAGAUGUUUAACAUCUCCAUCGCCAGUCGCAAAUGAGACCAGGUCCAGAACAAGCUCUGCCCUCUAGAAAUGUUUCAACAUCUGGCGAAAGUCAACCGCUUGCUGGUUUUUAGAGAGAUCAAUCCCUGUUUGUGCAUCAGAGUGGAAAAUGAUCAGGAGCAGAGUCUGGAGCUGUGUGAGGGCAUGACCCAGGAUUCUCCAACCUUGGAGCUAGAUCUGGCCAAUCAGUGGGCCAGGCGUUGGUGGCCCACUCUCCUGGAUGCUUUGACCUCUGACGUGACCCUUCUUCAGAACAACACCUCCAGCCACCUCCUACCCAGGACUCUGUGUGUCUUCCCCUCUGCUGUGGAGCCCCUGCUGGCCCGUCUGGACCCGGCCUCACCAGGGCACCUCCAUGCCUGGGCCUUUGUGAUGUGCGCCCACCGUCAACUUGGACACCGUCAACCUGCUGUGCUGCAGCGCAAAGACCAAAGAGGCCCGACGCCGAAGGAGCUGUCUACCAUGAGGACCUUUAUCCCCCAGAACCUCAACAGUGAGUCGGCACCGUUCUGCGAGCACCUCCAGGCGGGGGUGAAGAGGUUCCUGUCCGGAUCCGAGACAGCUGCCUGGCCCACCUCAGAGGACGGAAUGGAAAAAGUGACGGUGGUGCCAGCCUCACAAAGGAGACCGAGAUAGCACUUGAUCAGGGAGUAGUGUUUGUGGACUGGCUGUCCCAGCUGCCCGUGUCCUACCUGGAAUCAGGACACAGCUACCAGAAAGAAGACUGUCCUGCUGCUGCUGUCUGCUGUACUAGAGACCUGCACAGACACCUGGAGCCCAGACAAGAAGAAGGGCCAGCCCCCAGCAGAGAGGACGGUGGGACUUCUUCUCCAGAUCAAAACAACUGCUCCUUAAUGGCUGUUUAGAGGAUUCCACCAAUGAGGUGUGUACAGUCCACACCCUACAGGCCAUGGUGCAGGGCUCUGGGCUGGGGGUGGCUGUGCUGAAGUUUGCCCCAGCUGUGGCUAUCCUGUCCCUGACCCUCCUCUGCUCCCCCUGCUGGGCCACGAGGAACGCUGCCCUGCAGCUCUACUGCGCUCUGUGCUCGAGGAUGCUGGGUCAGUGCUCUGGGGGUGAGGAGGGCUCCAUACAGCAAGGCAUGUCUCUCCCCCGCCUUCUUCACCCAGUACCCCACCCUGCACCCCUUCCUCUUGGGGGAGUUGAGGGGGGCGGCAGGGAACUUGCACGGUCCCUAGGGGAGACCCGGCUCCGCCUGCACCCCUCCCUCUACCCUGUCCUCACCCACCUGGCCAAACUCCAGCGAGGGAUCCAAGACCAAACAGGGUGAUUACUGUUUUCAUGUCAUGAUUACAUUUCCUCAAACAGAGAGGCAAAAUGAUCCCUACUCAAUGAAGCAGGUGAUUAUGUACAUUUACCUGUUUAAGGAUGACAAACCUGUAUGCUCUAUUAGGCACACAAUCAUGUACAGUGUUCUGUGCGUCCGUCCCCCUGCAGUAUGUAAAGUGGUCCAUGUAGUCUUUGUUCCCAGGGCUCUGUCAGACUUCCUGAUUCCCCUGCUCCAGCUGGCUGCCAGUCCCAUCUACAGUGUGAGGAUCUUGACCUCCAAAGCCUUGGUUGCCAUUUCACUGCUGUGUUAUGAAGUCAUUAUGGGUUCACUGAGAUUAUUGUAUUAAAGAAAACUAAGUCAACACUGCACUACAUUCUCUCCAUAACCCAUUGGUGACCUAAUAGUGAUCUGCCUUUCGGUCCUCAAAUGUUUCCUGUAGCAUAGUCUGAUAAGAGCUCUUGAUACUUUCUCUAUAUACAUUAUUUUGCUGUUGAUAAAACCCCAUAGGCCAAUCAAUAUGCUUGUGUCAGUGCCCCUGUUUUACACCUCCUUCAGUUUCUGGACAGUUAAGUGUCUCAGCCUAUUGGCUUCCCUUUUAGACCCUUUAAUGACUCCACAUUCCUGAAUUGACAAUGCUGACCUGACCUUGCUGUGUGUUAUGUUGAAUGGUGUUUAACAUUGCACUCUGUGCUCCGGCCAAUCUGAAGGAGGCGUUGUUGGACCAGUGUGGAGUACAGCAGGACAUACUGUAUCUGACAGCCCUAGUGGCAAUGAUGACUCCUGGGGCUGACCCUACUCUGUCCCAGGACUCAUGUCCUUCUCCCACCCUGGAUGGUCCAGUCCUGCUGGAGUGUGUAGAGCUGCUGCUGGGGGCCCUGGCGGGCAACAGAGGGGGGCCAGAGUCCCUCUCUCAGGCCCUAUGUGAUGCCAGCCUGCUGCUCUCCCAAAGUCUUCAGACAUCUCUGUUCCCUCGCUGGUGCAGUUUGUUGGAGGUCCACCUGGCCUCGGAGGCCCCUGAGGCUCUCAGGAUAGCCUGGGCCCUCUGGCUGGGGCCUCCUUACUGAGCACGGCCAUGAGGGACCACACUCCUCUCCCUGUCUUCAGCCCCAGGUUGAUCAACACAGGGCUUUACCUGCUGCAGGAUGAGAGCAGGCUAUGAGAGGAGGAGGGGAGAGGAGCUUGUACCUGAUGCAGCAAGACUGCAUCAGAUCCAAUGGUGUGGAGUACAGAGGGGAGCAACAGAGCUCCUCCACAGGGCUAACCUGUCUAAACUGGACCAACACAACACGGGACUAUGAUGUUUUGGCGUAUACAGAUUCACAAAUGGGUGUUGGGGACCAUAACUACUGCCGUAACCCAGACUCCUCUGAGAAGCCCUGGUGCUACGUGACUGGCCUAGACACACAGGCCCAGAGACAAUCAUGUGCCAUUGACACCUGCAAAGACGAAGCCCCUACAGAGGCAGGCUCCCUUACCACAGCACAGAGAGAGGUCUUUGAGCUGACCAAGUCUGGGUCAGCCCAGGGAGGGGGUGCUGCGGUCCAGCCAGUCAUUGGCAUCAGCCAGCGGGUACGCACAGGACCCAAGAAGAAGAAGGACCUGGGUACUCUUGGCUAUGUGGUUGGCAUCCUCAUGAUGGCCAUCAUCAUCCUCAUGGGGGUGGGCAUCACCUUCGGCUACUUCUACAAGAGGGGUCGGGACCUGAAGAAGCAGCAUGAGCAGCGUGUGUAUGAGCGGGAGAUGCAGAGGAUCACCCUGCCCCUGUCGGCCUUCUCCAACCCAACCUGUGAGCUGGUGGAUGAGAACACCAUCGUCAUCAUGGCCGAGGAGCAGACCCCCACCCAGGAGGGCAUGGAGGGGGAGGGGCGAGACCCCCUGAUGGGCCAGCAGGCUGGUACCCCAGGAGCCUGAGCACCCCACUGGAAUGGGAAUGAACAAGGACAUUCGAACCUAGAGGAUCCAAAUACUCCCCUCACCUCACCUCCGUCCCCAAAUCACCCCUCUUUUUAAAGGCCUACGAGAAGGGGAGCAGGGCUGAGCUCCAAAGACUGAACUCUGUGUCCUUAUUGACCUGGUUUUAACAAUAGGUGGAGGUGAAGGACUAAUUUCACUCCAAAUGGAGACCAUCAGGUGAAUCUGGUGAUGGUUGUGUACAAAAGUGCAUGUCAGGGAUGCUCAUUAAGAAAUGGUGCAUUUGAGAUCCAAGAAAACAUGAUCAUGGGCUGAGCCCCUGCUGUAGCAGUAUGAUUGUCUUGUGAAUGGGAUGUGCAUCAAUCAACACUAAUGAUGGUGAUGUUAUAAGCUUUGGAUGAAGAGUAGGAGACAGUGUUUGGAAAGAGGGAAUUCAAAGCCUUUUCUUAUUCCGUUUUCUUUUUCAUAUUGAGGUGUUCGGCAGUUGGGUGUUAUGAGCUUGCCUGAGAAAGUGCUAGGGCAGCUAUGGGUGGGCAUCUAGUGUAGGAAUAGGAUAGCUCUGUUAGACAUCUGUGUUUUCUAUCUGAAAGACCGUUGGAACAGAUGUGUGGAGUAAUUAGUUAGCAUCAGGGAACAUUUUAUAUUAGGCCUAGGUCUAAAUCAGAUCUGGAAGAGAAAAGGAAACGUAUCCCACUCUCUGAAGCUGUGACGUUGCUUAGCAUAAUGCCUCUGAAUAUUUGUACAUGGUUCCCCUGGUGACCUUUCUGUUUAACUCAUAAGGCUGUGUGACAGAAACCAAUGUGCAGUAACUAGAAACAUCAGCAGUCGUUGGCUUUACAUGAGGACAGGCUGUAUGGUUCCUCAGGUUAGGGAGUGACAGGAAAAGGGAGACGUCUUUGUAAAUCGAAGGAUCUGUUCUCAGGACUGCCGUGAAACAGAAUACAGCUUAGUCUGAGGUCUGGCUAGAACCGGACAGAGCCUGUCUGAAUGACGCAUGGGUAGAACAGAAGUCUGUUUGAAAGUUGAAGCCUGGGGCAUUAGAUUGAAUUUAGACCGUUUGAAUUGCCCCAAAUGUUAGGGCAAGCAGAUGAGCAAAGUAAAAGAGUAAAGAGGAUAUGAGUCCAAAACUGAGGUGACCUACCAUAUUAGAUAUGUACAGUUUGGUUUAACUACUUAAUAAGCAGCCUGUCGCAUGUUUUGAAAUGGUAUGCUGAAAGUAAUGCCACAGUUGGUUAGAAAAUGUAACUUUUCAUCGGAGACAUUGACUUCAGCACAAUCCCUUGUUGGGGUUAAUUGUAAUAUCUUUCUGCUUUACAUGGUUGCUCUAUUCUGCUAAUACAAUCUUGCAUCACUCCAAAUGGUUGUCUUUUGUAAUUUACACUUAAUCUUUGAAAUGGUUAAAUCAUUCUCCAUCACUGGUUACUCUUCAAUCAUUGCGUUUCCUUAAUUUUGGUGCAACAUUGUUUUGUAAACGUUUCUUCAUUGUUGCAAUGCAUCAAAGUAUUGUUGCUCGUCAUUGGAAAUUAGUACUUCUAAAUGAUUUGUAAAUUUGGCAGAUUUCUAAAUAAAAUGGACUUUGAAAAAGCA